GAUGUGUCUCUUGGGCUGCAUUUUACGGAAUUACUGAAACGCGAAACAAUUCAGAGACCCAUACCUUCAAGACAUCAAAACAAAAAACGAAGGAGUCCACCGUCGCCAACGCUAUCAAACAAAUUGCUGUACGACUCCUCCAAAAACAAAAGUCCCAAACGCUCUCAAUCUGUGAUUUCCUCCACAAAGCUACGGAAGAAGUACGACGGCAGUGCUAAGCGCCGGUAUGUGCGCCGCUCCGGGUCUUCCAGUGAUAGCGCGUGGCGUAAGAGAGGCCGACCCCGAGAACGUGCCUCGAGUGGUAGUUCCCGAACAGAGUCACCCAUUCCUUCUCCGGUGCCAUCGGAGGGAAGCAAUUGUGGCCACUCUUUAAGUGCUCCAUUGCAUCGGCGAAGACGUAGUGAACAGCACGCCUUCGACAUCAAUAAUAUAGUGAUUCCGUACAGCAUUGCCGCCACCACUCGGGUCGAGAAACUCCAGUAUAAAGAGAUCAUUACUCCUAAGUGGAGACUCACCGACACUGACACCUCUCUCCACAACUUCUCCUUCUCUGACCUCAACAUCAAAGCCCAACCAAUCGAAGACAUAAAACCUGUUCUUCAGAAGACUAUAUCAAACGAAGACGAAGACGAAGACAUCUCUGACGUGGGGUUCACUUCUCGACAUAUUAAGUGUGAAGAAGAGGAACGGAAACGCAUUUUGUCUUUCAUUAAAGGCAACAAUAAGGGCGGUUCGAUGCGGGGACGGGGAGCCAGAGUUCGAUUCGACAGCACCCGCUCUGAUACAAACGCACCGGCAGGUGAUGCCGUAUUUCAAAACAAUGACUCCACGAGUCAAGACUCUUAUACCGGCGCUUCAACCCCAUCGACACCUGUUGUUAACAACUGUAUUAAUGACUCAAAUAUCGCCGAAACUCCUCCUCCUAUAAGCGAACGGCGCAGAAAUGCUUCGCUCUCUUCCCGAAGAGAUGACUCUAUAGACGAAAACUUCGAAGUUGUGACUCCUUUCGAGUUAAGAACUUUUCCAUUGAAUGACUUAGACUUUGAGUUGAUGUCCAGAGAAGUGGUGCAACCCUUGUGUCCGAUGGAUGACACCUUAGAUUCGAUCAAUGAUCCCGAGAAGUCCAAUGAGGGCACCAUCACCGCCAACAACAGCAGAGCGCCUACACCUGUCGACUCGGACGCUGUGGAGAGUGGUGUCGAGCAUAACGAUGAGGGCGACAAUGACGAGGACCCCGAAUGGGAACCCAAACGCAUUGUUAAGGGCUAGUGAUUGGUAUAGUGUUGCAGAUAUCGUACGCUUUUAUAUUCAAAUGUCGAGUAAUGAAUGAAUUGUUCGCUAUUUCCUGAAUCCCUGUCUAAAAACCAAAUGUAUGUAAGAAUUUGUAAAUAUAUUUUCAUUUUGUUUGCUUUUAUUUUUAGUACAAUUAAGUCGAGAAAUUCAAGGCUAACCUUAAAUCAGAUUUUAUUUAUUAAAGGCUUAAACGAAACCCCUUUUACAGUUAACUUGAUUUCUGUUUAAUUAUGUACUAAUCCCCCAACCGAUCACUUAAUAGUUAAUACGUAUACCGUAUAAAAUGAUUAUAAUUACAGUACUAUGCCUGCUAACUUGAAAUUCUCGGAC